UCGCCGCCUACUGCCUGCCGCCCACUCCCGCCGCCCGGCGCCAGGCCUGUAUGGGGCCUCGCUGCCCCUGAGCGGACGCGGCGCCUUGGAGGGCCGACGCCUGACUGGCGCCGCGGCGGAGGGACUGGCUGGCUGAGGCAGCGCGUGCGGACGCCGAGCUGUCGGACCCUGCGGCAGGGAGGGCGGACGUGGCCGACUCCCCGCUCAGCGUUGGUCUUAGUGCCCCGGCCUGCCCGCGCCUCGGAGCUGCCGGCUGAGGGCGCGGCCCCGGCGGGCGGCCCAGGGGCAGUGGGCGGUGUGGCCGAGGUGGGGCGGGCGCGCUGCUGGUACCCGGGCGGCGCCUGUAGCUGCCGGGGCCUGACUCUGGGCUGCUUGCUGGCCGCGCUGGGCCUGGCCUCGCUGGCGCUGGCCCGGCGUUCGCUGCAGCACCUGCUACUUUGGGCCGAGGGCUUGCCGCCGCUGCUGGGCUUGCUGCUCUUCGUGCUGGGCUUUGUGGCGGUAUCGUUCCCCUGCGGCUGGGGUUACAUCGUGCUCAGCGUGGCUGCUGGCUACUUGUAUGGCUUCGUACUGGGCAUGGCGCUCAUGGCGGCGGGCGUCCUGUUCGGCACCGGCGUCGCGCACGUGGUGUGCCGGCGUUUGCUGGCGGCUCGUGUGGCCGCCCGGGUGAGGGGCAGCGAGCGGCUGAGCGCGGUCAUCCGCGUGGUGGAGGGAGCUGGCGGCCUCAAAGUGGUGGCGCUGGCCAGGCUGACUCCCAUUCCCUUUGGGCUACAGAACGCAGUGUUCUCGAUGACUGAUCUCUCUUUACCCAACUAUCUGAUGGCAUCUUCAGUGGGACUGCUUCCUACCCAGCUCCUGAAUUCCUACCUCGGUACCACCUUGCGGACCAUGGAAGAUGUCAUCACAGAACAGACCAUUAGUGGAUAUUUUGUUUUUUGUUUACAGAUUAUUAUAAGUAUAGGCCUCAUGUUUUAUGUUGUCCAUCGAGCGCAAAUGGAAUUGAAUGCGGCUAUUGUAAGUUGUGAAAUGGAACUGAAAACCUCACUUACAAAAGACAGUCAGCCAGAUACCAGCAGCUCUUCAUACAGCAAGCGGAUGCUGACAUUCUCUGGAGCUGGAAUCAAUGUUGUGUGACUCUAGUGAAGUGCAAGGUUGUUGAGAGCCUGGUAUGCUGUCCAAGGUGCAGUUUCCUCACAAAGACAGAGACAAGGACUAACCCGAUUACAACACAAACAAAACUGACUAGUUUUUAAAUUGCAUAGCUUGUUUUGGAAGAUAGAUGCAAUUUUGGCUGCACCCCAUUAUUAUUGUUAUGCCCAUAAAGGCCUAUUGGUCUGCACUUUAAUAUUUUUAAUUUUUUCUUUCUGGGUACUUAUGAACAGAGAAGUGACCCAGUUAUUUUUGUGGUUAGUCUUUAUUUAUAAAGUGCCCGAAUAGCUGUAUGCAUCUUUCUUACUUAUAAAGACCAGUAAAAGUAUGCAGUUUUAAAUGUACAAUACUAUUGGGUACCCUUUGCUUUGGUAGUUUUUCCAGAAAGGAUAAACAGAUUUUGUUUUGUUUUAUUUUUUUAAGUGGGACCACAUUGCUUCCCUGUGCUUUCCUAGUUAGAAACAGACAUUAACUUUGAGUUGAAUGUAUUUUUGCAGGCACUGCAUUGUUGCAGGGCCAUUUACGCCAUUUCACACAAGCCAAAAUCCUAGACAUAAGAAUGAAGUGCUCUUAAGAAACCUUAUAUUUUCACUGUGUAAUGUGCAAAGCAAGAGAAGUUAAUCUUGUUGCAUCACUUUACUCUCCUUAGGUUCAUCUCCUUAAGCCAUCUUUCUCAGGCAGAGUAUUCCCCUCCAAGUGGCAUCAGCCUGAGGGGAGGCAAUAGCUCUGCUCACAGAAAUUACUCUGCCCCACCCUGUGAAGGGUGCUAAGGAGGACAACUGGAGGUUAUCUCAGUGAUUAAGUUUAACAACUAAAGGGGGUUUCUGGAAGUUCUGAAACUUUAGCUGACCCUUCCCCAAGGACUGGUGCUGGUAAAAGAUAGCCUUGAUGGUUCUUUUUGCACAUACCCAGGCCCAUUAGGUCCCACAGCAGUCUUACUCAAGCAUUUCAUUAAAAUAUACUUUUUCUUUUUACAUUCAUCAUUAAGCUUUGAAAUAAAAAUGUUCUUUCUUUAAAAUGUUGAGCUUACCAUCAUUGAAGAUGUCACUCAGGUGGCCUUAUUUGAUCAAAAUGCCUUUUUAAAAACACAAGCUUUAAGCCCUAGCUGGUGUAGCUCAGUGCAUUGAGCACAGGCCUGUGAACCAAAGGGUCACAGUUCGAUUCCCAGUCAGGGCACAUACCCGAGUUGCAGGCCAGGCCCCCAGCUGGUGGCACGUGAGAGGCAACCACAUAUUGAUAUUUCUUUCCCUCUCUUUCCCUUCUCUCUCUUUAGAGGAGAAAAAUAAAUAAAUAAACUCUUUAAGAAACACAAGCUUUAAAAUUGUGUUUAUCAUUUCAUUGAAGUACAUAUAUAUUUGUCCCAUUGCCUUCAGCUUUAAAACUAUAAUCUUAAUAUGAUGUAAACUUAAUAUCCAAAAUCUGUAUUUGCCCUACUGUUGAGUAGGUUUGUUUAGUUUGUUUCAGUACUUUUUUUUCUCUGAUAAGACUCAGGAAUUCUGAAAUGUGAACUAUAUUUUUAGUAGUACUUAUGAGUUUAGCAUACAGUAAUUUGUCACAGGAUUCAUAUGACAUCUGUAUUCAUUUAUCACCUAAUAUUUUUAAUAGACUUUAAUUGUGACUUUAAAGACUCAGUGUUUUGUUUGUU